CCCCCACCACCAUAAGAUAAGAGAACAAGUGUAGAAUUUCUAGAGAGAGAGUGAAGAGAGAGAGAAUGGGGAGAGCUCCUUGUUGUGAGAAGGUGGGAUUGAAGAAGGGGAGGUGGACAUCAGAGGAAGAUGAGAUACUCUCCAAGUACAUUGCUUCUCAUGGUGAAGGCUCUUGGAGAUCUUUGCCCAAAAAUGCAGGGUUGUUAAGGUGUGGGAAGAGCUGUAGAUUGAGGUGGAUCAAUUACUUGAGAGCUGAUCUUAAGAGGGGAAAUAUCACUCAGGAAGAGGAGGAGACCAUUGUCAAGCUUCAUGCUUCACUUGGAAAUAGGUGGUCUGUGAUAGCGGGACACCUCCCUGGACGAACCGAUAACGAGAUCAAGAACUACUGGAACUCGCAUCUCAGUCGAAAAAUAACCAUAUUCGACUGUAACACAGAAUCCUUGGCCCUCGACGUUAGAAAAGUCUCGAGCAACCGAAAAGGCGCGUGAGGGCCAAGCAAACUAUCCAAGAAGAAGCAGGACGGUAAAACGAGACGGUAAGAAGCGCUCACAGCGAGCAGGAAGGGAGCACGGUCACAGACGCGGACCCCAACAACCACGGAGCGUGAACUUCGGGCCU